AUGGGCAUUCUGUUUUCCGCCAAGAACGUGCGCAGAUGUGACGAGGCGAAGCCAAGUUGUCAGGAAUGUACCAAGCGAGGACACACAUGCCCCGGUUACCAAAAACAGACCUUGCAAUGGCGAUAUGUUUAUAAAGGUAGCGAAGAGGCAAACCAGCCAACACCACCAAAUGAGUCUCCUGACACAGUCGCGACCGAAUUUCCCGAAUUUCCCGACGUGAACAAUCCAACACAGGAGGGAAAAGACAAUCUUCAGAAUGAAACCCAGAACAUCUGGGGUACGGCCUGCCCAAACCUCUUUGACCAGCUGCCGGAUUUUGAUGAGCCAACAGAUGCCUGGUUCUACACCGAGCUGGGGUCUAAUGGUACGGUUUCGGCAAAGCCUGAGGGCGAGCUGGAUGGGUUGUCGAUUUUACGUCAACGACUGGCCAACACAUCUGUCCCCUCCUUUCUCAUCCAACUGCCAGUGAUGUUGGUGCAAUAUUACUUCCAUACAGUUUGUAACCAAUGGUCAUCUUUUGACUGUCCUCUCAAUCCUUUCCGAACCAUUGUCAGCCGGCUCUGGAGUCGGAAUGCGUCGAUUUACUUUGCUAUCCAGAGCAUGUCCGCUGCCUCGUUGGCCAACGAUUUUCCAACCAUGCGAGCCAUCGGAAUACAGACACAACAGCAAGCAAUUGCGUGCCUGAAUCACAGUGUCCAAAGAGGAUCCACUCAGACAAAGGAUGAUGAGUACUUUCUGGCACUUCUUAUGAUUGGAUCCACUACUGGAUGGCACGAUGCUUCCGAUUUGGGGCUUCCAUAUCUGAGAGCGGCCCAAGACCAUCUUCUGAGGCAGGAACGCCAGUGCAAGAAUGCAAACUCUGCCCUCGCAAAACAACAUCCACUUUUCAAACAGUGUCUCCUUUGGUGGAACUUACUAGCUGCCUUUGUGGCAGAGGAGUCGCCCAUUCUAGACAUAGAAAGUUCCACAGAAAACAGUGACGCAGAAAACAGCGACACAGAUCUUUCGAUCUAUCUUGUCGAUGGGGAGGUUCUACCGCAUCCCUGGACAGGGUCUCUCCGUUACUCGUUGAGUCUCUUCUAUCGAACUGCAAGAGUGAUUCGAGCUGCAAGAACCUUCCACCGCCGAAGACCACAGGCUUUGGAUCCCACCUUAAUUGACAUGAGCUAUAUGGCUGAAGAGCUCGAUCUCAGACAGAAAGCUGAAUAUCUCGAGGACAGAAUUCUGUUUACUGGCUUCUCAUUCUACUGUGGGCCUGUCGAUAUCGGUGAUACAAACACCCCACCGUCGCAUUUUCUUACGUUAGCCGAGGCUUAUCGCUGUACGGCACUGUUGCAAAUUUACCAUGUCUUCCCGGACAUUCUUGAAGAGCGGCUACGAAGUAAUCAAGCCGCGGACAGCGAACGUCCUAUACCGGCCCUCUUUUUGUUAUUAUUCCCGAUUCCCGCCGAAUGGUCAUCGCGUUCGGUGGAAGACACACGACACACCCUGGCACUGCACAUUGUAUCCCUCUUGGAGCAGCUUCCUCCAACAUCUGGAACGAAGGUUAUGCAGCCCAUAGUUUUGGCUUGCGUCUCUAGCGAUCUUGUUUUCUCGUCUGGGUCUGUGCUGGGCGCUGCACAAAACACGAUCCCCAGUCUGAAUACGUUGGAUGUUGAUAUUGCCCAGGCCAGACGAAAGGUUAAAAUGCGGUUGUCUGAACUUAUAUUAAUCCUACCAAAGCUGCCAAUGCAACGCAUAUAUAACGUUGUGCAUGAGACCUGGGACCGUGCGGAUUCUGGUUUAGAAGAGUUCUGGCUGGAUGUCAUGCUGGAUUUGAAUUUGGAAACUAUUAUGGGAUAG